UACAAUCAGCUGACAUCCGGCGUCUUCCCGUCCAUUAGCCCAGCGAUACCCAACAUUCAGCCUUAGCCAUUUGCGAUCGAUAUUUUCCGGUGGGAGAGCAACAAUUCGACUAUUUUCCCUCCCCCGCUUUACUGAAUGCCCAGUUCCAUCGUAUUCAUCAAAUGCAGGGCUCUGGCCCCGUCUCCAGCAGCUGAAGCGCCCCCCGUCCUGCCCUCUCCGCCCCGGGUCCACUGCUUCCUCUCCGCGCUGAGCCAUGAGCACCCACCGGGAUCUCGACAUGGUACACCUCCGCCUCAUCCUGGUCAGUGGGAAAACCGAGGACUUCACCUUCUCGCCAAACGACUCGGCCACAGACAUCGCCAAGCAUGUGUUUGAUAACUGGCCCACGGGAUGGGAGGAGGAGAGGGUGAGCAGCCCCAGCAUACUCCGCCUCAUCUUCCAGGGGCGCUUCCUUCAUGGCAAUGUGACCCUUGGAGCUCUGAAAUUGCCCCCGGGCCGAACCACCGUCAUGCACCUGGUUGCCAGGGAAACGCUCCCUGAGCCCAACUCACACGGUCAACGGAACAGAGAAAAAACCACAGAGAGCAAUUGCUGUCUCCUCUUGUAAGGAAUCUACCUUUCCUACACCCUUCUCCGUCUACCACACACACACACACACACACACACACACACACACACACACACACACACACACACACACACACACACACACACACACACCAUCCCCUUCCUCUUGCUGGUCAUUCUGUCAGCGGUGGACUGAAUCACUGGAAGUUUAGUUGAUGUUUGGUUGGAUUUUUUUCGUCCUGUUGGAGGCUUUUUUCUCUGUUGUGCCAACUGAUCCACACUUGACUGCGAACACGACAAGAAUCACGGUCGCCCUGUGACAUCAUCGCCAUCGACCGUGCCCUCGCUGGACACCUUUUUAAAGAAGGAAAAAAAAAAUAUUGCGCCGGAUGCAUUUGCAGACUGAACGCUGUUAACCCCUUAAUGCACUUAACCAGUUUAACGGCAAGUGUGUGGUGUUCCUCCUCCUCCUUCUCCUCCUCCAUGGAUGUUAUUUUUCCUCUACAGCGGAGGAACAGAGACAAAUUGUGCCAUCUUCCUCCCACGUUUCUGCCUCAGCACCGGUGGCGUCCGUGCCAUGAAAAUGACUUGUGUUCGCUCCUUUGGACCAAUUUUUAAAAUGUUCUUGAAGAAAAAGGGGGAACAGACCGGCAGCCGGGCUCUCGUCUCGCCUCCAGGCGUGACCUUUGACCUCUCUGCGGUCACGGGAGGAGAGCGUGAGGCCAGUCCACUUACAAAGUUGACGAUGGCUGCGAAAGCUCCUCCCACGCGCAUGAAGAAGCAUUAAGAGGGGGGAGAAAAAGGGAUUUUCUUUUGGCUCCUUUUUCAUUUGAAUGCUGUCUUUACUUGUUUGCCUUUUAUCGUGGAAUCCAGUAAUAUCAUUAAUAUUGAAAUUUAAAUAUAUCGAUUUUUAUCUUGUGUAUAGGUAUUUGUUCCAAUUUCGGAGCGUGCGACUUUGUGUGAGUUUGUGUGUGUGUGUGUGAUGCUGACGGUGAGAAAAAGGGGAAAAAUGUGCUAACAGUGGGAAAAAGUUUCCAUUUCUUUCUUUUGAGUAUCUUUUUGUUUUUCAUUAUCACUGCUAUGAACUUAAGUCAGUAUGAAUACAUGUACAAACUAACACGCAAUGUGGUGUAUAUCAAAGCUUGUAUCAUAAAGUAGUAAAUCUUUAAAUAAGGCCACCGUUUUUCUAGAGGAGGCAAGCUGGUGUCGAGAUCAGAGCGGCUGCUUUGGGGUUGUGUUGACUAAUCAAAGUCUUUCCUCAUCGUCUGUUUUUUACCUAAUUAAUAGGCUGUCUUGGAAAUGGUCGACUUUUACUGUCAAGUUGUUUAAAGUAUUGAAAAUGACCGCCGGACUUUAUGGCGUAUUGUAAAGAAGUGUGAAUAAUAAUAAUACUUUAUGUCUGAAAUAAAUUCCUCACACACAUGCACAAAACGGUUGCAUUACCUUGAUUUGAAAAAAGCCACUUUUUGUACAAGUACAGUGCAACGUCAAACUCCAAAGCCUCUUGACGUGUACGUUUUGGAGAAUGUUCUGGAAAAAUCACUGAUGUCUCAAAAAGGUUUUUGUUUUUCUUUGA